AUGAAACAGCUCUUUCUGGCCAUCAGUGUAUUCGGAUUUAUCUUCAGCAGCUUCUGCGGAUGCAAGCUUAAAGCUCUUCUGACCGAGCCCUUAAAUCAUCCACAGAUCGAUUCUUUCGAAGAGUUAAAUGCCAGUGAUCUUAACGUCAUCGUGCCCCCCUUGGUCCGAAAAUUCCUAGACUCCGAGGUUGGCCCCGAUUUCCUGAAACGGAACCUGACAAAGGUCGUAGACGUGGGACAAGUGGAAAGGACCCGAAUGAUUCUAUCGCUAAACGAUAGUAACGCCUACAUCAUGUUCACGGAGAAUGUGCGCAUCCUUGAAAGCUACCAGAGAUCUGUCGGACGCAAGGUCCUCUGCACCAUACCGGGCCUCACCAUUGUCCAGAGCAUUCCCAUGAAGUACAUUGAGCAGAACAACUCCCGAAUCGACGGGAAUCUAGCCCAAUUUUUACUCGGGUUCCAAGAGUCUGGAAUGAUACACCAUUUGAUCAACCAUUCACCGUACCAUCUCAAAAAGGCCCUAAACAUAACGAUGCGGUGGAGUUCCAAUCAAAAUCCAACUCCCUUGUGCAUCAAGGACCUCAAGUUCCUAUGGAUUAUCCUGGGAUGUGGUCAUGCUAUGGCCAUUUUGGUUUUUAUUAUAGAACUAUUGUUGAAACCUACAAAGGAGAGGAGAUCCCCACGAAUUGGAUUGGUCAGUGAGGCAUGA